GAGCUGCGCAUAUGCACUGCAGCGAUCGGCUCGCCUCUCAGGUGUCCACCCAGCUGCUCGUCAGCGUCCUCGCCAUCACCACCAACGAGGAGCACAAGGGUCAAGGCAUCACCAUCGACCCGAGCGAGCCGUUCGUGCUGAGCUGCGACUCGGGCCAGGCGAGCGUUCCGGUUAAGUGGGAGAAAGAAGGAGAUGGUCCCAUAGCCGAGGACGAUCCGCGGCUCAAGGUUCUCGAGAAUAAGACCACGUGGAGCCUGACCAUCGAUAAGCCGACCCCCAAGGACGCCGGCAAGUACAAGUGCACGGCCGGAGCCGACUCCGCCGAGAUCGACGCCUUCUUCAAGCUGGCGGCCACACUGAGCGAGCGACAGUCGACCGCGCCCUCGGCCUGGGUCGAGGGAAAAGAGGCGUACAUCGCUGUCGCCAUCGUGGGCUACCCCAAUAAGUUCACGCUGACCUGGACAAAGGACGAUCGGCCGCUGAAGGUUGACGAUCGCGUGACGACGCAGAAGUUCGAGGAAGUGGAGGACGCCAUGAUCCGCUUCAAGCCGCUCACGACGGAAGACGCCGGCAAGUACGUGUGCCUAGUGGAUAACGGCAAGGAGCACGUGGAGUUUGAGCACACGGUCGAGGUUAAAGGCAAGUACGCGGCGCUGCUCCCUUUCAUCGGCAUCUGCGUCGAGGUGGCCGUGCUGUGCGCCAUCGUCUACGUGGUGGAGAAGAAAGCGCUCGGGGAUGCCAUGCGGGCGCCGGUGUCCGCAGUCAGCGCCUCGGAGCUGCCGCACGAGGAGGCCGAAGAAGCCGCCGGCCAUGCAGGGGAGGAACCCGGACAAGAGGUCCCUCCAGCACCAGAGGGCCAGGAGGAUGAGCACGCGGCGGCUAACGCACCGCCACACGAGGCUGCUGCCGAACCGGCACCGCCCCAAGAGGCUGCUGACGCACCGCCGCAUGCGCCGGCUGAUGUACCGCCACACGCCCAGUAA